AUGAAAUCAUUAUCUGCUCCGAAAUAUAAUUAAUACAGAGUUAUAAAUAAUAGUUUCAGUACUCCUGAUCAGAAGAUAAAUAAAGUAUGCGUAUGAGUUAUAUAAGAGUAGGUAAAAUACUUAAUCAACUAAGAAGUUAAGUGGUGAAAUGAUGUCGGUUUAAAGUUAUUUAUAUGAAUAAUCUCAUAUAAAGGAAGAAGGUUCAAAGAAAGAGAUAAUAAGACAAAUAAGAAAUGUAAUUGACAAUCUAGAGAAGAGUAAAAGCUUUAAAUAAUUAAAUUAAUAACUUUCAGAAUUGAUAGUAGGACUAAAGACAUGCAUUAAUUAAUAGGAAAUAUCAAGUUAUAUAAUUCAAUUAAUUGAAAUGAUAAGAGAACUUAUUAAUAAUAAUUAAAACUAAAAGUAAUUUGAAUAUGAUAAAGAGAAAUCAAUUUUGAGAUAAAAGAUUCAUGUAUUAGAAUUAAAAGCAAAAGAAAAUUUAUUUUAAUUAGGUAUCUAUUAUAUAUAUAUUUCUAUUAGAAUUAGAAAUGUAAAAUAAAGAAGCUGAGGAGAGAAUAAAAAAUUAUGAAGUUAAAUUAAUGCAAAUAAAAUAAAUGAAAAACUAAUAAUAAAUUUAAUCUUCAAAAAAGUAAAUAAACAAUAAUGAGAAAAUGGAAAUAAAAAAUUAGAUAAAAUUAAUGUAAUCUAAAAUUUUAACACUUUCAGAGAAAGAAAAGAAAUUAAUUUAAUUAAUAAAAGCAGUAAAAUCUAGAGGAAUUGAUAUUGAGCAUAUUUAUAAAAACAUAAAUUAGGUUUCAAGUAGAAAUAGUAAAUUUAGUAAUGAAUAGGAUAAAGAAUAAGAGGUUUAAAAUAAUUCAUAUUCUGAUUUUGCAGAUAUUUCUUAAUUUGAUAUUGGUUAAAGCAGUAUAAAAAGAAAUCAAAAAUUUUUAUUAGAUUGA